AUGACUGACCCUGAGACCACCAGUCCUGAGACCACCGGUGACCCAGGGACCAAAGGUGACCCAUGGGCCACCACCAGCCUUGAGACCAUUUCCACCACCCCUGAGACCACCAUGACUGACCCUGAGACCACCAGUCCUGAGGCCACCAGUGACCAAUGGACCACCACUGGUCCUGAGACCAUUUCCACCACUAUCCCUGAGACCACCAGGACCAAGCCUGAGACCACCAGUGACCCAUGGACCACCACCGGUCCUGAGACCAUUUCCACCAUCCCUGACACCACCAUGACCAGUCCUGAGACCGCUAGUGACCCAUGGACCACCUCCAGACCUGAGGCGCUUUCAAGCACCACUGACACCACCACCAGUCCAGAGACCACCAGUGACCCAUGGGCCACCACUGGUCCUGAGACCACCAGUCCUGAAGCCACCAGUGACCCAUGGACUUCUUCCAGACCUGAGGCGCUUUCAAGCACCACUGACACCACCAGCAGUCCAGAGGCCACCAGUGACCCAUGGACCACCACCGGUCCUGAGACCAUUUCCACCACUAUCCCUGAGACCACCAUGACCAGUCCUGAGACCACCAGUGACCCAUGGACCACCAUCAGUCUGGAGACCAUUUCUACCAUCCAUGACACCAGCACGACCACCCCUGAGACCACCAUCCCUGGGACAACUAGUCCUGAGACCACUAGUCCUGAGACCAACAGUGACCCAUGGACUGCCACCAAUCUGGAGACCACUUCCACCACCCCUUACACCACCAUGACCAGUCCUGAGACCACCGGUGACCCAUGGACUUCCUCCAGACCUGAGGCGCUUUCAAGCACCACUGACACCACCAGCAGUCCAGAGGCCACCGGUGACCCAUGGACCACCACCAGCCUUGAGACCAUUUCUACCACCCCUGACAUCAUCAUGACCACCCUUGAGGCCACCACAGCCAUCCCUGAGACCACCAUGACCCUCCCUGAGACCACCAGUCCUGAGACCACCGGUGACCCAUGGACCUCCACCAGCCUUGAGACCAUUUCUACCCAUGCUGAGACCACCACCACCACCCCUGAGACCACCACUCUGGAGGCCACCAGUGACCCAUGGACCACCACCAGUGACCCAUGGACUUCCACCAGCCUUGAGACCAUUUCUACCAUCCCUGACACCACCACCACCACCCCUGACACCUCCAUGACCAUCCCGGAGAACACCAGUCCAGAGGCCACCAGUGAGCCAUGGACCACUACCAGUGACCCAUGGACGGCCACCAGUCGUGAGACCAUUCCCACCAGACCUGAGACCACCACCACCAUCCUUGGGACCACCAGUCCAGAGGUCACCAAUGACCCAUGGGCCACCAGCAGUCUUGAGACCAUUUCCACCACUCCUGAGACCACCAGGACCAUCUCUGAGACCUCCAUGACCAUCCCUGACACCACCACCACCACCCCUGAGACCUCCAUGACCAUCCCUGAGAACACCAGUCUGGAGGCCACCAGUGACCAAUGGGCCACCACCAGUCUUGAGACCGUUUCUACCCCCCUUGAGACCACCACCACCAUCCCUGAGACCACCACCACCAUCCCUGAGACCACCAGUGACCCAUGGGCUUCCACCACUCUUGAGACCAUCUCUACCAUCCUUGACACCACCUCGGCCACCCCUGACACCUCCAUGACCAUCCCUGAGACCCCCAAUCCUGAGACCACCAGUGACCAAUGGACCACCACCAUCCCUGAGACCACUUUCACCACCUCUGAGACCACCGCGGCCAUCUCUGAGACCACCAGUGACCCAUGGACCUCCACCAGACCUCAGGCCAUUUCAACCACCACUGACUCCACUGCCACCAGUCCAGAGGCCACCAGUGACCAAUGGGCCACCACCAGAGACCCAUGGACCACCCCCAGUCCUGAGACCAUUUCUACAACCCCUGACAUCAUCUCAACCAUCCCUGAGACCACCAGUGACACAUGGACUUCCACCAGUGACACAUGGACCACCACCAGUCCUGAGACAGUUUCUAAGACCCCUGACACCACCACCAUCAACCCUGAGACCACCACUGACCCAUGGAUGGCCAGCAGUGACCCAUGGGCCACCACCAGUGACCCAUGGACCACCACCAGUCUGGAAGCCAUUUCCACCACCCCUGAGACCACCAGGACCAUCCCAGAGACCACCAGGACCAUCCCAGAGACCACCAGUCUGGAGGCCACCGGUGACCCAUGGGCCACCACCAGUCUGGAGACCAUUCCCACCACCCCUGACACCACCAUGAACAUCCCUGAGACCACCAGGACCAACCCUGAGACCACCAGUGACCCAUGGACCACCACCAGUCUGGAGGCCAUUUCCACCACCCCUGAGACCACCAGGACCAUCCCAGAGACCACCAGUCUUGAGACCACCGGUGACCAAUGGAAGGCCACCACUCUUGAGACCAUAUCCACCAUCCCUGAGACCACCAGAGUUGAGACCACCAGUGACCAAUGGACUGCCACCAGUUUUGAGACCAUCUCUACCCCCCCUGAGACCACCACGACCUUCCCUGAGACCACCAGUGACCCAUGGACAGCCAACAGUGACCAGUGGACCUCCACCAGCCUUGAGACCAUUUCUACCCAUGCUGAGACCACCACCACCACCCCUGAGACCACCAGUCUGGAGGCCACCAGUGACCCAUGGACCACCACCAGUGACCCAUGGGCUUCCACCAGCCUUGAGACCAUUUCUACCAUCCCUGACACCACCACCACCACCCCUGACACCUCCAUGACCAUCCCUGAGAACACCAGUCCAGAGGCCACCAGUGACCCAUGGACCACCACCAGUGACCCAUGGACGGCCACCAGCCUUGAGACCAUUUCUACCAUCCCUGACACCACCUCGACCACCCCUGACACCUCCAUGACCAUCCCGGAGAACACCAGUCCAGAGGCCACCGGUGACCCAUGGACCACUACCAGUGACACAUGGAUGGCCACCAGUCUGGAGACCAUUCCCACCACCCCUGAGACCACCAUGAACAUCCCUGAGACCACCAUUGCUGAGGCCACCAGUGACUCAUGGAUGGCCACCAGUCGUGAGACCAUUCCCACCACCCCUGAGACCAUCACCACCAUCCCUGAGACCACCAGGACCAACCCUGAGACCACCAUUGCUGAGACCACCAGUGACACAUGGAUGGCCACCAGUCUGGAGACCAUUUCCACCAACCCUGAGACCACCACCACCAUCCUUGGGACCACCAGUCCAGAGGCCACCAGUGACCCAUGGACUGCCACCAGUCUUGAGACCAUUUCCACCACUCCUGAGACCACCAGGACCAUCCCAGAGACCACCAGGACCAGCCCUGAGACCACCACCACCAUCCCUGACACUUCCAUGACCAUCCCUGAGAACACCAGUCUGGAGGCCACCAGUGACCAAUGGGCCACCACCAGACUUGAGACCGUUUCUACCCCCCUUGAGACCACCACCACCAUCCCUGAGACCACCACCACCAUCCCUGAGACCACCAGAACCAUCCCUGUGACCACCAGUGAGCCAUGGGCGUCCACCAGUCUUGAGACCAUUUCUACCAUCCCUGACACCACCUCGACCACCCCUGACACCUCCAUGACCAUCCCGGAGAACACCAGUCCAGAGGCCACCGGUGACCCAUGGACCACUACCAGUGACCCAUGGAUGGCCACCAGUCUGGAGACCAUUCCCACCAGACCUGAGACCACCACCACCAUCCUUGGGACCACCAGUCCAGAGGUCACCAAUGACCCAUGGGCCACCAGCAGUCUUGAGACCAUUUCCACCACUCCUGAGACCACCAGGACCAUCUCUGAGACCUCCAUGACCAUCCCUGACACCACCACCACCACCCCUGACACCUCCAUGACCAUCCCUGAGAACACCAGUCUGGAGGCCACCAGUGACCAAUGGGCCACCACCAGUCUUGAGACCGUUUCUACCCCCCUUGAGACCACCACCACCAUCCCUGAGACCACCACCACCAUCCCUGAGACCACCAGUGACCCAUGGGCUUCCACCACUCUUGAGACCAUCUCUACCAUCCCUGACACCACCUCGACCACCCCUGACACCUCCAUGACCAUCCCUGAGACCCCCAAUCCUGAGACCACCAGUGACCAAUGGACCACCACCAUCCCUGAGACCACUUUCACCACCUCUGAGACCACCGCGGCCAUCUCUGAGACCACCAGUGACCCAUGGACCUCCACCAGACCUCAGGCCAUUUCAACCACCACUGACUCCACUGCCACAAGUCCUGAGGCCACCAGUGACCCCUGGGCCACCACCAGAGACCCAUGGACCACUCCCAGUCUGGAGACCAUUCCCACCACCCCUGAGACCACCGUGAACAUCCCUGAGACCACCAGGACCAUCCCAGAGACCACCAGGACCAACCCUGAGACCACCAAUGCUGAGACCACCAGUGACCCAUGGGCCACCACCAGCCUUGAGACCAUUUCUACCAUCCCUGACACCACCAUGACCAGUCCUGAGGCCACCGGUGACACGUGGACUUCCACCAGUCUUGAGACAGUUUCUAAGACCCCUGACACCACCACCAUCCCUGUGACCGCCAGUCUUGAGACCACCAGUGACACAUGGACCACCACCAGUCGUGACACCAUUUCCACCAUGCCUGAGAACACCACAACCAUCCCUGAGACCACCAUGACCACCCCUGAGACCACCAGUCCGGAGUCCACAAGCGACCAAUGGUCCACCACCAGUGUUGUGGCUAUUCCCACCACCCCUGGCACCUCCAUGACCAUCCCUGACACCACCACUACCAUCCCUGAGACCACCAGUGACCCAUGGACCACCACCGGUGACCAAUGGACCACCACGAGUCUUGAGACCAUUUCUACCAACCCAGACACCACCACCACCAUCCCUGAGACCUCCACGACCAUCCCUGAGACCACCAGUCUGGAGGCCACCAGUGACCAACUGUCCACCACCAGUGACCUUUGGGCCACCGCCAGUCUUGAGACCAUUUCCACCACCCCUGACACCACCACCACCAUCCCUGAGACCACCAGAACCAACCAUGCGACCACCACUCUGGAGGCCACCAGUGACCCAUGGACCUCAACCAGAGACCCAUGGACCUCCACCAGUCUUGAGACCAUUUCUACCCAUGCUGAGACCACCACGACCAUCGCUGACACCACCAGUCUGGAGGCCACCAGUGACCCAUGGACCACCACCAGUCUUGAGACCAUUUCCACCACCCCUGACACCACCAUGACCAUCACUGAGACCACCAGAACCAACCAUGAGACCACCACUCUGGAGGCCACCAGUGACCAAUGGACAACCAUCCCUGAGACCACCAGUGACCCGUGGACCACCACCAGUCUGGAGACGGUUUCUACCACCCCUGACACCACCACCACCAUCCUUGAGACCACCACAACCACCCCUGAGACCACCAGUCUUGAGACCACCAGUGACCCAUGGACUUCCACCAGUCUUGAGACCAUUUCUACCAUCCCUGAGACUACCAAAACCAACCCUGAGACCACCAGUCCGGAGUCCAUAAGCGACCAAUGGUCCACCACCAGUCUUGUGGCUAUUCCCACCACCCCUGGCACCUCCAUGACCAUCCCUGACACCACCACCACCAUCCCUGAGACCACCAGUGACCCAUGGACCACCACCAGUGACCAAUGGACCACCACGAGUCUUGAGACCAUUUCUACCAACCCAGACACCACCACCACCAUCCCUGAGACCUCCACGACCAUCCCUGAGACCACCAGUCUGGAGGCCACCAGUGACCAACUGUCCACCACCAGUGACCUUUGGGCCACCACCAGUCUUGAGACCAUUUCCACCACCCCUGACACCACCAUGACCAUCACUGAGACCACCAGAACCAACCAUGAGACCACCACUCUGGAGGCCACCAGUGACCAAUGGACAACCAUCCCUGAGACCACCAGUGACCCGUGGACCACCACCAGUCUGGAGACGGUUUCUACCAUCCCUGACAGCACCACCACUAUGCUUGAGACCACCACAACCAUCCAUGAGACCCCCAGUCCAGAGGCCACCAGUGACCCAUGGACCUCCACCAGUGACCCAUGGACCUCCACCAGAGACCCAUGGACCUCCACCAGUCUGGAGACGGUUUCUACCACCCCUGAGACCACCAUGAACAUCCCUGACACCACCACCACUAUCCUUGAGGCCACCACAACCAUCCAUGAGACCACCAGUCCAGAAGCCACCAGUGACCCAUGGACCUCCACCAGUCUUGAGACCAUUUCUACCCAUGCAGAGACCACCAUGACCACCCCUGAGACCACCAGUCCGGAGUCCACAAGCCACCAAUGGUCCACCACCAGUCUUGUGGCUAUUCCCACCACCCCUGGCACCUCCAUGACCAUCCCUGAGACCACCACCACCAUCCCUGAGACCACCAGUGACUCUUGGACCACCACCAGUGACCAAUGGACCACCACGAGUCUUGAGACCAUUUCUACCAACCCAGACACCACCACCACCAUCCCUGAGACCUCCACCACCAUCCCUGACACCACCAGUCUGGAGGCCACCAGUGACCAACUGUCCACCACCAGUGACCUUUGGGCCACUGCCAGUCUUGAGACCAUUUCCACCACCCCUGACACCACCACCACCAUCCCUGAGACCACCAGAACCAACCAUGAGACCACCACUCUGGAGGCCACCAGUGACCAAUGGACAACCAUCCCUGAGACCACCAGUGACCCGUGGACGGCCACCAGUCAUGAGACGGUUUCUACCACCCCUGACACCACCACCAUUAUCCUUGAGACCACCACAACCAUCCAUGAGACCACCAGUCUUGAGACCACCAGUGACCCAUGGACCUCCACCAGUCUUCAGACCAUUUCUACCAUCCCUGAGACCACCACAACCAACCCUGAGACCACCAGUCUUGAGACCACCUGUGACCCAUGGACCUCCACCAGUCUUGAGACCAUUUCCACCAUCCCUGAGACCACCACAACCAUCCCUGAGACCACCAUGACCACCCCUGAGACCACCAGUCCGGAGUCCACAAGCGACCAAUGGUCCACCACCAGUCUUGUGGCUAUUCCCACCACCCCUGGCACCUCCAUGACCAUCCCUGAGACCACCACCACCAUCCCUGAGGCCACCAGUGACCCAUGGACCGCCACCGGUGACCAAUGGACCACCACGAGUCUUGAGACCAUUUCUACCAACCCAGACACCACCACCACCACCCCUGAGACCUCCACGACCAUCCCUGAGACCACCAGUCUGGAGGCCACCAGUGACCAACUGUCCACCACCAGUGACCUUUGGGCCACCGCCAGUCUUGAGACCAUUUCCACCACCCCUGACAUCACCACCACCAUCCCUGAGACCACCAGAACCAACCAUGAGACCACCACUCUGGAGGCCACCAGUGACCCAUGGACCUCAACCAGAGACCCAUGGACCUCCACCAGUCUUGAGAACAUUUCUACCCAUGCUGAGACCACCACGACCAUCCCUGACACCACCAGUCUGGAGGCCACCAGUGACCCAUGGACCACCACCAGUCUUGAGACCAUUUCCAACACUCCAGACACCACCAUGACCAUCACUGAGAUCACCAGAACCAACCAUGAGACCACCACUCUGGAGGCCACCAGUGACCAAUGGACAACCAUCCCUGAGACCACCAGUGACCCGUGGACCACCACCAGUCUGGAGACGGUUUCUACCACCCCUGACACCACCACCACUAUCCUUGAGACUACCACAACCACUCCUGAGACCACUAGUCUUGAGACCACCAGUGACCCAUGGACCUCCACCAGAGACCCAUGGACCUCCACCAGUCUGGAGACCAUUCCCACCACCCCUGAGACCACCAUGAACAUCCCUGACACCACCACCACCAUCCUUGAGACCACCACAACCAUCCAUGAGACCACCAGUCUUGAGACCACCAGUGACCCAUGGACCUCCACCAGUCUUGAGACCAUUUCUACCCAUGCAGAGACCACCAUGACCACCCCUGAGACCACCAGUCCGGAGUCCACAAGCCACCAAUGGUCCACCACCAGUCUUGUGGCUAUUCCCACCACCCCUGGCACCUCCAUGACCAUCCCUGAGACCACCACCACCAUCCCUGAGACCACCAGUGACCCAUGGACCACCACCAGUGACCAAUGGACCACCACGAGUCUUGAGACCAUUUCUACCAACCCAGACACCACCACCACCAUCCCUGAGACCUCCACGACCAUCCCUGAGACCACCAGUCUGGAGGCCACCAGGGACCAACUGUCCACCACCAGUGACCUUUGGGCCACUGCCAGUCUUGAGACCAUUUCCACCACCCCUGACAUCACCAUGACCAUCACUGAGACCACCAGAACCAACCAUGAGACCACCACUCUGGAGGCUACCAGUGACCAAUGGACAACCAUCCCUGAGACCACCAGUGACCCAUGGACCUCCACCAGUCUGGAGACGGUUUCUACCAUCCCUGACACCACCACCACUAUCCUUGAGACCACCACAACCACCCAUGAGACCACCAGUCCAGAAGCCACCAGUGACCCAUGGACCUCCACCAGUCUUGAGACCCUUUCUACCCAUGCAGAGACCACCAUGACCACCCCUGAGACCACCAGUCUGGAGUCCACAAGCCACCAAUGGUCCACCACCAGUCUUGUGGCUAUUCCCACCACCCCUGGCACCUCCAUGACCAUCCCUGAGACCACCACCACCAUCCCUGAGGCCACCAGUGACUCUUGGACCACCACCGGUGACCAAUGGACCACCACGAGUCUUGAGACCAUUUCUACCAACCCAGACACCACCACCACCAUCCCUGAGACCUCCACCACCAUCCCUGACACCACCAGUCUGGAGGCCACCAGUGACCAACUGUCCACCACCAGUGACCUUUGGGCCACCGCCAGUCUUGAGACCAUUUCCACCACCCCUGACAUCACCAUGACCAUCACUGAGACCACCAGAACCAACCAUGAGACCACCACUCUGGAGGCCACCAGUGACCAAUGGAUAACCAUCCCUGAGACCACCAGUGACCCGUGGACGGCCACCAGUCAUGAGACGGUUUCUACCACCCCUGACACCACCACCAUUAUCCUUGAGACCACCACAACCACCCCUGAGACCACCAGUCCAGAAGCCACCAGUGACCCAUGGACCUCCACCAGUCUUGAGACCAUUUCUACCCAUGCAGAGACCACCAUGACCACCCCUGAGACUACCAGUCCGGAGUCCACAAGCGACCAAUGGUCCACCACCAGUCUUGGGGCUAUUCCCACCACCCCUGGCACCUCCAUGACCAUCCCUGACACCACCACCACCAUCCCUGAGACCACCAGUGACCCAUGGACCGCCACCGGUGACCAAUGGACCACCAUGAGUCUUAAGACCAUUUCUACCAACCCAGACACCACCACCACCAUCCCUGAGACCUCCACGACCAUCCCUGAGACCACCAGUCUGGAGGCCACCAGUGACCAACUGUCCACCACCAGUGACCUUUGGGCCACCACCAGUCUUGAGACCAUUUCCACCACCCCUGACACCACCACCACCAUCCCUGAGACCACCAGAACCAACCAUGAGACCACCACUCUGGAGGCCACCAGUGACCAAUGGACAACCAUCCCUGAGACCACCAGUGACCCGUGGACCUCCACCAGUCUGGAGACGGUUUCUACCAUCCCUGACACCACCAUCAUUAUCCUUGAGACCACCACAACCACCCCUGAGACCACCAGUCUUGAGACCACCAGUGACCCAUGGACCUCCACCAGAGACCCAUGGACCUCCACCAGUCUGGAGACCAUUCCCACCACCCCUGAGACCACCAUGAACAUCCCUGACACCACCACCACUAUCCUUGAGACCACCACAACCACCCCUGAGACCACCAGUCCAGAAGCCACCAGUGACCCAUGGACCUCCACCAGUCUUGAGACCAUUUCUACCCAUGCAGAGACCACCAUGACCACCCCUGAGACCACCAGUCCGGAGUCCACAAGCGACCAAUGGUCCACCACCAGUCUUGUGGCUAUUCCCACCACCCCUGGCACCUCCAUGACCAUCCCUGACACCACCACCACCAUCCCUGAGGCCACCAGUGACCCAUGGACCACCACCAGCCUUGAGACCAUUUCUCCAACCCCUGACACCACCUUGACCAUCUCUGGCCCCACCAGAACCAUGCCUGAGACCACCACACCUGAGACCAGCAAUGACAAAUGGACUUCCACUACUCUUGAGACUGUUUCUACUACCCCUGAGACCACCACGACCAUCCCUGAGACCACCAUGACCAUCACUGAGACCACCAUGACCAUCCCUGAGACCACCAGUUCUGAGAUCGCCACCACCUUUCCUGAGGCCACCUCCACCAUACCUGAGACCACCAGUGACCCAUGGACCUCCACCAGUCCUGAGACCAUUUUCACCGCUCUUGACUCCAUCACCACCAUCCCUGAGACCACCAGUCCUGAGAUCAGCACCACCAUCCCUGAGACCACCAUGACCAUCCCUGAGACCACCAUGACCAUCCCUGUCACCACCAUGACCAUCCCUGUGACCACCACUUCUGAGACCACCAUGACCAUCCCUGAGACCACCAUGACCAUCCCUGAGACCACCAGUUCUGAGACCACCAUGACCAACCCUGAGACCACCAUGACCAUCCCUGAGACCACCAUGACCAUCCCUGAGACCACCACGACCAUCCCUGAGACCUCCAGUUCUGAGACCACCACGACCAUCCCUGAGACCACCAUGACCAUCCCUGAGACCACCAUGACCAGUCCUGAGAUCACCAGUUCUGAGACCACCAUGACCAUCCCUAAGACCACCAUGACCAUCCCUGAGAUCACCAUGACCAUCCCUUACACCACCAGUUCUGAGAUCGCCACGACCCUUCCUGAGGCCACCUCCACCAUACCUGAGACCACCAGUGACCCAUGGACCUCCACCAGUCCUGAGACCAUUUUCACCACUCUUGACUCCAUCACCACCAUCCCUGAGACCACCAGUCCUGAGAUCAGCACCACCAUCCCUGAGACCACCAUGACCAUCCCUGAGACCACCAUGACCAUCCCUGUCACCACCAUGACCAUCCCUGUGACCACCACUUCUGAGACCACCAUGACCAUCCCUGAGACCACCACGACCAUCCCUCAGACCAGCACUUCUGAGACCACCAUGACCAUCCCUAAGACCACCAUGACCAUCCCUUACACCACCAGUUCUGAGAUCGCCACCACCUUUCCUGAGGCCACCUCCACCAUACCUGAGACCACCAGUGACCCAUGGACCUCCACCAGUCCUGAGACCAUUUUCACCGCUCUUGACACCAUCACCACCAUCCCUGAGACCACCAUGACCAUCCCUGAGACCACCAUGACCAUCCCUGUCACCACCAUGACCAUCCCUAAGACCACCAUGACCAUCCCUGAGACCACCACGACCAUCCCUGAGACCACCACUUCUGAGACCACCAUGACCAUCCCUAAGACCACCAUGACCACCCCUGAGACCACCAGUUCUGAGACCACCACAACCAUCCCUGAGACCACCAUGACCAUCCCUGAGACCACCACGACCAUCCCUCAGACCACCACUUCUGAGACCACCAUGACCAUCCCUAAGACCACCAUGACCAUCCCUGAGACCACCAGUUCUGAGAUCACCACCACCUUUCCUGAGGCUACCUCCACCAUACCUGAGACCACCAGUGACCCAUGGACCUCCACCAGUCCUGAGACCAUUUUCACCGCUCUUGAGUCCAUCACCACCAUCCCUGAGACCACCAGUCCUGAGAUCAGCACCACCAUCCCUGAGACCACCAUGACCAACCCCGAGACCACCAUGACCAUCACUGAGACCACCAGUUCUGAGACCACCAUGACCAUCCCUGAGACCACCAGUUCUGAGACCACCGCGACCAUCCCUGAUACCACCAUGACCAUCCCUGAGAUCACCAGCUCUGAGACCACCAUGACCAUCCCUGAGACGACCACGACCAUCCCUCAGACCACCACUUCUGAGACCACCACGACCAUCCCUAAGACCACCAUGACCAUCCCUGAGACCACCAUGACCAUCCCUGAGACGACCACCAGCCCUGAGACCACCACCAGCCCUGAGACCACCACCACCACCUCAGAGACAACCACAACUCCUGGCACCACCACAACAUUCCCUGAAACCCCCAGUUCUGAGACCACCACCCACUCUUGGACCACCAUCAUGUCCUUCCCUGAGACCACCAGUUCUGAGACCACCACCACCUUCUCUAGGACCACAACCAGCCCUGAAACCACCCUCCCUGAGACCACCACCUCCUCUGGGACCACCAGCACCUUCCCUGGGACCACCAGUUCUGAGACCACCACCACCUUCUCUAGGACCACAACCAGCCCUGAAACCACCCUCCCUGAGACCACCACCUCCUCUGGGACCACCACCACCACCAUGUCCUUCCCUGAGACCACCACCACCUUCUCUGGGACCUCUGGCACCACCACAACCAGCCCUGAAACCACCCUCCCUGAGACCACCACCCCCUCUGGGACCACCAGUACCUUCCCUGGGACCACCAGUUCUGAGACCACCACCACCUUAUCUAGGACCACAACCAGCCCUGAAACCACCCUCCCUGAGACCACCACCCACUCUUGGACCACCACCACCAUGUCCUUCCCUGAGACCACCACCACCUUCUCUGGGACCUCUGGCACCACCACAACCAGCCCUGAAACCACCCUCCCUGAGACCACCACCUCCUCUUGGACCACCACCAGCACCUUCCAUGGGACCACCAGUUCUGAGAUCACCACCACCUUCCCUGGAACCAUUUCUACCACCCCUGACACCAUCACAAUCCCUGAUACCACCACCACCUUCUCUGAGACCACCACCACCUUCCCUGGGGCCACCAGUACCACCUCUGAGACCUACACCACCACCACUCCUGGGACCACCACCACCACCCGUAUGACCACCACCUCCAACCAUACAACCACCACCCCCACCACACCUAGGACCACCCAUGGAACCACCACCAGCAGCAGCACCAUCACCAUGACCACAUCUCCCCACUCCACCACCCCUCCAGGGAUCUGCAGCAAUGGUGGCACCUGGGACAACGGCCACUGCCGGUGUCCCCUCGGCUUCACCGGGGACAGGUGUGAUGACAUCAGCCACACCAUCGAGACCAAGGCUGAGACCAACGGGACGGUGCACGUGGAGCUGCACGUCACCAACCGGGACUUCACCGAGGACCUCAACAACAGCAGCUCCUCCGCCUACUUGGAGUUCGUCCAGCACUUCACCAGGCAGAUGGACGCGGUCUACGCCGGCAUCGAGGGUUACAAGGGCAUCAAGGUGAACAGUCUCAGGCCUGGCAGCGUGGUGGUGGAUCACAUCAUCAUCGUGUCCCUGCUGGUGACCUCCCAGAGCCAGGAGAAACUCCAGAACAUCACGGCCAAACUUCAGGAGAAGAUCGAGGUGGCGGCAAGACAAUUCAACUGCACCAGCGGUGACCUGUGCUUCAACUCCUCCGAGGUGGUGGUCACCAGCACCACGCUGGAAUUCGAUGAAGAUGCCUACUGCAGGAGCCAAGCGCCUGAGGGCUACCGGGAAUUCUUCUUUCCCAACCUGACGAGCUCCGGGUUGUCCUGCACGUCCAACUGCACGCCGGGCACCGCCAGCACCAUCGACUGCAGCCGUGGGAAGUGCCACAUCACCCGUGGAGGUCCUCAGUGCUUCUGCGACGAGACCCACCUGUACUGGUACCAAGAUGACCGCUGCGCAUCACGGGUCAGCAAACUGGCCAUGGGUCUGGGCUUGGCCGUGGCCAUCCUGGUCGUGGUGGUCAUCGUCCUCUCCAUCUUCCUCUUCCGAGCUCGGAGAUCUGGGUCCUUUGACAGGGCUGAGCAGAAGAUGAUGGAGAAUUGGUACCAGAACAUCAGCGAGGAGUGGAGCCCCCAAGGAAGCUUCACCUUCCGGAGCCAAGGUGGCCAGCUCAAGGAUGACCAUCUAGUCAACCUUGAGGCCGUGGACACCUCGGUGCCGAACCUCACCAUCAUCAUCAUCAAUGUCAUCAAUGUCAUCAAUGUCAUUAAUGUCAUCAACGUCAACAUCAUCAUCCUCAUGACCAUGAUCAACAUCAAAGUCUUCUUCAUCAUCAUCACCAUCAUUAUCACGACCAACAUGAUCGCCAUCACCGCCAUCGCCAUCAUCACCAUCACCAUCAUCAUCAUCAACACGAUUGCCACCAACAUCACCGUCACCAUCACCCCCAUCACCAACCCCAUGGAAUGA